CCAGGGCUGGAGGGGCGGCGCUCCUGUCCGCUGGGCCCACGCCACCGCCCGCCCUCCCGGGGCGCAGUAGCCGGCCGCCGCCGAGGGAGCCGGAGUUUGAGGACAGUUUUAUUAGAGCUUAAAAGAAAAACACCCCAGGACAGGGGUGGGCAAGACGCAAAUCUUCACAGGUACCCAGAGGACCGGAGAGAACAUACUUAGGUUCUGGCCAAGACCUGAGAGCGAAAGACAGAGAAGAAAAAGAAAUAGUUCCGCCAGUCUGAGUGAGAACACAGAAGCAGAUGGUCCCAGCCAAACCUCAUGACUAUGUGGACUGCUCAGAAGUUUCUUCGAAGGAAGGUUGGGAGCAGGAUGAGUUCCAGGCUAGCCUGAGAAACAAAAGGAAAAGGGAAGACUGUGCUGCAGCUCACCUGGUGGAGUGUUUGCCUUGCUUGCACGAGGCGGUGAGGAAGGAGGCAGGAGGAUCAGAAGUUCAAGGUCAUCUUUUCGGCUAUAUAGUGGGCUGACAGGCCUGUGCAUCAGACGGCAGGCCAUACUCCUGUUGGCAGAGAAGAUCGGCUUCUAACCCAGUGCACGCAUCCAGGAUGCCUGCAGGCUGCUAGGACCCCGCCUCCUCGCCAUGGACUGCCCAGGCUGACCAGUCAAUCCCCGUGGGUGUCCCCUGCUCUGAUCUGGAGGAGACCAUGUCCAAGCCCCCUGACUGCCUGCUUCGGAUGCUCAGGGCCACCCCCAGACAGUGGGUCUUCACCCUCGUCAUUAUCAGCUUCAAGGUCACACUCUUCGUCUCCUUCAUGAUCUACUGGCACGCUGUGGACUCACCCAAGGACCCAGGACGACAGUAUAGCCUGCCAGUGGACAUCCCCUGCCCCCAGCUGACUUUUGCCAGCCUCCCUUCCCCAGGCAGCAUCUUCUUCCUAGAGACAUCAGACAGGACCAACCCCAGCUUUCUGUUUAUGUGUUCUGUGGAGUCAGCCGCCAGGGCACACCCAGACUCCCGGGUGAGGGUGCUCAUGAAAGGGCUGACUAGACACAGCACAGCCCUGCCCCGGAACCUUGGCAUCUCUCUCCUGAGGUGCUUCCCCAAUGUCCUGAUACAACCUCUGGAUCUGCAGCAGCUGUUUGAAGGCACGCCUUUGGCAGCCUGGUACUUGAGGGCCCAGCGCCGCUGGGAGCCCUACCUGCUGCCGGUGCUGUCGGAUGCCUCCAGGAUCGCACUCCUCUGGAAGUUUGGUGGCAUCUACCUGGACACGGACUUCAUCGUCCUCAAGAACCUGAGGAACCUGACCAACAUGCUAGGCUUACAAUCCCGCUACGUACUCAAUGGCGCCUUUCUGGCCUUCGAGCGCAAGCAUGAGUUCUUGGAUCUGUGCAUACGUGACUUUGUGGACCACUACAAUGGUUGGAUUUGGGGCCACCAGGGCCCCCAGCUGCUUACCCGAGUCUUCAAGAAGUGGUGUUCCAUCCGCAGCCUGAAGGAGAGCCACGCUUGCCGAGGAGUCACCGCCCUGCCCCCGGAGGCCUUCUACCCCAUCCCCUGGCAGAACUGGAAGAAAUACUUUGAAGAAAUCAGCUCCGAGGAGCUGGCCCGGCUGAUCAAUGCCACCUAUGCUGUCCACGUGUGGAACAAGAAAAGUCAGGGCACACACCUAGAGGCCACAUCCAGGGCCCUGCUGGCUCAGCUGUACGCCCGCUACUGCCCCACGACACAUGAAGCCAUGAAGAUGUACUUGUGAGGAUGGACCCUCCGGGCAGCCUUCGUGUUACAGCAGGAUUAUUAACGCCUUUCCCGGGGAGGUGGGAUCGGCAGGCAGGAAAGAGGGGGAACACUGAGCGUUCCAAGGUAGCUGGAUGACACACAGUUGGGGGCUGGUGGCAGGAGAGGAACUCAGAGAAGCUUGUGUAUGAAUGCUGACAAGGGUCCAGCGCUCUCAGCCUCAUGAAACCAAAGGCAAGGGCAGCCCUCCCUGAGAACACCAUCUUUUCCCUCUCCCCUGGGACACUGCUCUGAAGAGCUGCCACAACCCAUUCCAGAGUGGGAAUGUGGAAAUUCUUUUGGCUCCAGGGAAAAGGUUUUAAAUCCCCCUCCCUGUUGUAGACACCGGGGGCUAUAAUAAAAGUGACUCACCACCA